AUGAGUGAAGACUCUGUCGCUCAGCUAGAGGAUGCAUCUGACGAAGAUGAAGACGUCGUCCGUGUAUUAGCUCUCGUCGCCGGAUACUAUGGGCACACGUGCUUCGACAAGCAGCCUUUCCACAACUCCAUCCUGACGGGAUCCGAUUGGGUAGCCGAGAUCAUUGAAGGAAACCCGACACGCAUGUUCCGAAGCUACAGCAUGACAAAGCCCGUGUUCAGGCGCUUUUGCGCUGCCCUUGACAACGCGGAUCGACAGACACCCUGGUCCCGUGUCAGUGUGGAGGAGAAGGCAGCUAUCUUCCUUUACAGGAUUGCAAAGAACGCCUCGAACAGCGAUCUUCAAGAGCGCUUCAACACAGCGGAGAAACCAUUCAUCAGUGAGUUUUCACAUUGUGGUUACGUCCGUGCUUUGACUAACACUUUGGUGUCACUUAAACAGGCAUUUUUACCGUGUUCUUGA